AUGGCCCGAUUCAUCUUCUCGUCCUUUGGCUCCGAGGUUCAGGGUACCGCAAUUUGUUCCGCGUCGUCAUGCUUUUUGGUCAACGUUAUGGAUCAAGUUGAGUUGAUUGAAAUCAGUGUUGUUUUUCGUGCAUCUUCUGAAUCUCAGCGCGUGACAUCCUCGCACGACUUCUUGAUUUGCGAAGAAAUUAAAAAAAUGCUGCUGGCCGCGCUUUCUGGGGAAUUCGAUUGGUAUCCUGGAGGAGCCCUUCUGGAGCUGCGAGUAAGCACCCCCACGUACGAUUCGAUUAUAUAUCGCCCACCUUACGUUUACCUCGCGACUAUUGCUGGACACUGCCGCUCUCCCUAUGUGUUGCCAGGCGACCUUUGGCCGCAGGCGUUUACAUCUCUGGAAGCAAUAGCCGAUUUGGGGGUGGCGGUUUCCACGUCAGGAAUCAAUGAUAACCAAAGAUCAGCUGAGUAUUUCGACGACCUUCCCGAGGAGAUGUAUGUCUCAGGAGCCGCACCAUACGCCUCAAAUUUGCAAAGGAGGUCAAUUGACCUUCGAUUAUCCGCAAUUUCUCCGUCCAACUCAAAUCCCUUUUUGGAAAACCUAGAGCGAUAUGUGGGGGGAGUUCUAAACUCUGGAUCCGUUCCCUUCCUGUUCGUUCGGACCCGUCGCUUAAAUUAA